CUUCAAUUUUUUUUUUUUUUAAUAGGCCCACCAUGUCCUAGGUAAUACAGAGAAUGAAUGGUUUUAGUGUGUGAAUUCCACUUUCUUCAUGAACCUAAUUCUGUACUCCAAGGUGGUCAAGAAUUCCUGGAAUCCAGUCUCCGAAAGGGCCAGAAAUACAGCAGAGCGGACUCUCUCCUCCCGUGCCCUUACCGACCUCGCCCCCUCAUCUUCUUCCUGAGCUCCACGAAAAUCCCCUCCUCCAACCUCUUUUGUGGGCUUUGAAUCCUGGUUGAAUUAAAAAUCUAACAUCAGAAUGCUUCCAACUGAUGCAGUUUGGGGGGGGUUCUUCCUAUUGCACAUUUGUAUUGGGUACAUGGGGAACUCGCUGCUCCUGGGGUUUUAUGUGUACACCUUUUUAACUCAGUCUCACCUGAAAAAGCCCAUUGACGGGAUCCUCCUCCACCUGACCUUGGUCAAUAUCUUGACCAUCACGUUCCGGUUAAUACCAGACGUGGUGUCAUCUUUUGGAGUGAGACAUUUCCUGAACGAUGCUGGUUGUAAGGCCAUGAUGUUCAUGUACAGAGUAACCCGGGGUCUUUCCAUCUGUACCACCGCCCUCCUGAGCGCCUUCCAAGCCGUCACCAUCAGUCCUGGGAAUUCUAAGUGGGCGUGGCUGAAAUCGAUAAGCUCUGGGUGCAUCUACCCCGCCCUCCUCUUCUUUUGGGGCAUCAACCUGCUCAUCUACAUCCACAUCAUCCUGGCGAAGGAAGCCAAUCCCAACAGCACAGUUGCCGGGUCCAGGUACUCCUCCCUCUACUGCCAGACGUCGCGGUCCACAGGCAAUUCCCAGACGUUUUUGAGCGCCAUGGUGAUUCGAGACCUCCUCUUUGUGGUCCCCAUGAUGGGGUUCAGCCUCUACAUGGUGAAUCUCAUCUACAGACACCGCCAGAGGGUCCGGCACAUGCACAGCUCUAGACUCUACUCUCAAACGCCUCCUGAAAUCAAAGCCACCCACACUAUUGUUUUGCUGGUAAGUUGCUUUGUUUUCUUUUAUUGUGCAAACAACUUCAGUACCUUUUAUGUGUUUUAUAGACUCCAAAAAAACCCAGGACUGGAGAGGAUUACUGGCACCCUUGCAUCCUGCUACCCAACCAUCUGCCCUUUUGUGCUGAUGAAAAAUAAUAAGAUCAUGUCCAAAUUUACUUCUUCCCUUUCACAGAUGAGAAUUACUUUUUCUGGAAGAGCUUUCAGUAGGUGAUCUGAUGCCCACAGCUUUUUGGCAGCAGAGGAGUCUCCGUAACGAUUUAUGGGAGGAAAAAAAAAAAAAAGGCUGCGUGGCAAUUGUACACUGCCAUGUGGCUUGUAUAAAUUGACACGCGAUUUAAAUUAUACGUAUACACAGUAGUGAAGCCUUACAGUAAAGGAGCGUACCUAAAGCUCAAAUAAGCAGUCUUUGGAUUGAUUCCUUGUCGAAAAUGGUCAUUGGAGUCAACAAAACAUAUUGUAACUGUAUCAUUAAAACUACCUUUGCUUGGUUUUGCUCAUUGUGAAAUGUGGCUGCUGGAAUGUUUAAUUCCAGAAAAGGCGUCAGUUAUACUUCUCUUAAAUGGCACUAGAGAAAAUCCUUGAUGUAUUCAAUAAACGUAUACUACACACCUUACACACUCCAGGAAAUCUUUUAGAAGCUGGGUGUACAUUACUGACUGAUACAGGUAAAAAGAAAAAAUUAGUAUAGAGAUUAUAUAGCGUAUUUGUGCUAUAGGAAAAAUAUAAGCGUGAUGAUAAACACUAAAAAUACUCCACAGACAGCAAGAGCAGAUGUGUGGUUGCCAAGGGGCAGGGAUGGCGUGGAAGGUUGGGGUUCCCAAAUGUGAACUCUUACAAGACAAUGUCCUACUGUAUCUCACAGAGAACUCUUUUCCAUGUCUAUGAUAAACCAUCAUGGAAAAAAAUAUUUUAAAAAGAGUGUAUGUAUUUAUGUAUAACUGGAUCA